AAGUUAUAAGUUUUAAUUUAUAAAUUAUAACGAUGGCAACGUUUGCAACAACGAAAUACCAAGUUUAGGUAUUAACUGCGCAGAAAAGCUUUGAAAAUAAGUUUAAAGUUAAAAGAACGUUGAUGUUUUUGGUGUGCCAUAGUUUCAUGUCUGUGAAGUUCUAUAUUUCAUUUGAGUUUUUUUGAGAUUUUCUUUUCCUAAAGUCAUCAAAAAAGUUAGAGUGAAAAAAUGCAUAAAUUUCUUGUAUCAAUAUUAUUAUGCUUUAUAAAAGUUGUAUCGUCAACAUCUCAUCAAGUAUUUUCUUCAAAAAGUAAUGACAAGUUAUAUCUCUUUUCCAAUCGAUUCUUCUCAAGUGGUUUAAACCCAGUAAAAAUUGAAGUGCAAAAAAAACAUACUUCAUGCAUUGACACUUGCAACAAAAUGAAUGAGGGUCAAUGUUCUGCUAUUUCAAUUGUUCAGCAAAACUCAAUUUAUGAAUGCAAAUACUUUGACAAUAAUACAAAUGUUGACAUCAAUUUAGAGUACUCAACAAACAAGACUGCAUUUUUAGUUAGAAAAGGACAAGAUAUUUGUAGUGACAAGUGCAGAAUUCUAAACAUAAUUAAAAUAUGCGGAAAUUGCGAGUGCAGAGAUAGCUGUGGUGUCGGAAAAAACUAUCAAUGUGAUUGCACUAAAGCUGUUGCUGUUUUUCAAAACUGUCAAAAAAUUUAUGAUUCUGGUCAACAAACCACUGGCAAGUAUAUGAUUGAUCCUGAUGGAAAUGGAAGUUUUUCUGUAAUUUGUAACGUUCAGCUAAAAGAAUAUAUCAAUCAAAGAGCUUCGGCAAUCAUGUUUUAUCGAUCAUCAGAUAGUCCUCCAAAAUUCUGGAAUAGAACUCUAAUGCAAUACGAAGAAGGAUUUAGUUCAACAGACAAUAUUUGGAUUGGUUUAAAAAAACUUGUAAGAAUUACAGCCGCUUUUGUUGUAGAUAUUAAGGUUAUUAUUACAACCUCCAUCUUCCAAGAUAAGGUGACAACAUAUUAUAGAAAUGUGAACAUCAAUCAAGAUACCAAUGGUAAUUAUCUUAUCUCUUAUCAAAUGUUUGACUCAAAUAAUGCAAGAGAAGAAGGAUAUUUUGAUCAAAGUCAAAUUAUUUCCAACACUUUAUUUAUGAAUUGCGCUUCGAUUGGCUUUUGGUGGACAAAAUGUCCUACGCAAAUGAACGUUCCAACCAAUCCAAAUUCAGACUUUGGAUUCGGAUCAAUAUCCGAUAUUUACAGUAUUAAAUUUUUACUUGAAAUAACUUAAAUUGUGAGUAAUAUAAAACAUAUUAAGAAUUUUGAAAUUUGUAAUGCAGCUUUUGACACUUAUUACUAACGACAAUACUUAUUGACGAAAAUGAAUCUAUAUUCAUCCAUACUUAUUUCGUAUAUAAUUAUUAAGAAGCAAGGAUAAUACGUUAGAGCAGUUUUGAACAAAAAAAAAAUAGGUUUAAUUGCGUUUUACAUAUUAGACUUUUUUUUAACUGCGUAAUU